AUGAUAUUCCGACUUCAGUCCUCUCGCUUUGUCAGUCGGCUUAACCGAUAAACUGCCGUGAAUAUCCAUCAAGAAUCAGCCCACCGGAUUGUUAGCAGCAAGGUUUCGUCUCCCCCCCCUCCUUCCAUCUCCAGCUCUCCUCCUCUCUUCCACGGCGGAGCGACACAAGCGCACACUGCAGGCGGGGAGAGCGCGACGCUCGGCGGGCGGACUGACGGCAGCAGCGGCGGACAUCGACCGACGCGGAAGCGGCGUGGCUCUCUUCACCUUUGGAUUGUGGAUUUACGUAUUUCAGCGGAUGAUAUAACUUCGCACGGGACAAAAAAAACCCCGCCUUCCUCUGCUCUCUCUCCGACCAGUUGUUUUCCCCCCCAGUGGAGGGAAGAAGCGGCGGCGGCGGAGCGGCUCGUUCGUCUCUCACGGGCGACAUGAAUCGCUCGCUCCGGCUGAGCUCCACCGGAUUGAAGCCACGGUUGUGGCUGUGAGGACCAAACCCAGCAGGGUGAUCAGAGACAGCUGGUGGAAGAUGGAGCUUCUCUAUCGUCGGUGUUGACGUGGAAACGAUGCAGCGAGACGCAACUUAGUUGUGGAUUUACUCAAUGACUCGACGGGCGUUUGAAGACAUCUCCCGCACGGAACCCGUGUUUCCACGUUGUAGUUGAGAGACGGGCCUAACCUUGGGUGCAUGCGGAUCCAAUCGAUGGUGAGAUAAGAGGAGCUCGGCGUCACGGGGGUGUGUUUUCCGUCCCUCAGAUCUGCGUUUGACACACACGAGCCCUCGCAGCUGAGCAGCGGGGACCGUCCGACAGUGCUGCUGAGGAACCUGGUUUCGAAAAGUUCCAAUGGUGUUCCGAAAGUUACCCGGCGUGUCUGCGUCGGGCAUGGGUCUGCGUCUGUCCCAGAAGUUCGUCUUCUUGCUCUUCCUCUCCGGUUUGGUGACGCUCUGCUUCGGGGCCCUUUUUUUCCUCCCGGACUCGGUGCGACUCAAGCGCAUCUUCCUGUCCAAAACGGAGACGCAGCCGGUGACGGUCGGCUCCGAGAACGACGCGAAAGAGCAUUUGAAGCGGCCCAAAGAGCAGGACCACCCGCGGGGCAUGACCUCCACGAAAGGUGAGACCAGCACGAAGAUGAAGAGCCGCAAGCCGCCUGUCCCGCACGAAGGGACCGAAGGGGGGGACGCUCAGGAGGAUCUGUCUCUCAAGUCCGAGUCGGACAAAGUCGCCUCCUCGGAUCAAGUUGCCAGUUUGGAUACUCACAAGAAGUUUGAGAAGUGUCUGCUGAAGCCUGCUCUGGGCAGAGAACGUGGGAAACCAAGCGACCCCCAGGCCAAUGAGCGCAGGGAGAAGGUCAAAGAGAUGAUGAAGUUCGCCUGGGACAACUACAAACAGUACGCCUGGGGCAAGAAUGAACUGCGGCCUUUGACAAAAAACGGGCAUAUUGGCAACAUGUUCGGCGGUCUGCGUGGCGCGUCCAUCGUCGACUCGCUAGAUACUCUCUACAUUAUGGGAUUAAUGGAAGAAUACAAUGACGCCAAGGAGUGGGUGAAGAGCAACUUGGAAUUAACUUCGAACGGGGAAGCGUCGCUCUUCGAAGUGAACAUCCGUUAUGUCGGCGGGCUGCUGUCGGCGUACUACCUGACAGGAGAGGAGCUGUUCAAGAACAAAGUGGUGGAGCUCGGCGAGAAGCUGCUUCCAGCCUUCAACACGCCAACUGGAAUCCCCCGAGGAGUCAUCAACCUGGGGAGCAGUGGCACCAGUUGGAGUUGGGGUUGGGCCUCAGCUGGGAGCAGCAUCCUGGCUGAGUUCGGGACCCUCCACCUGGAGUUUGUCCACCUGACGGAGCUUUCCAACAAUCCCAUAUACACAGAGAAGGUGAUGAACAUCAGAAAACAGCUGAACAAAAUUGAGAAACCUCAUGGCUUAUACCCAAACUUCCUCAGUCCAGUCAGUGGAAACUGGGUUCAACAUCACGUGUCCAUCGGUGGCCUUGGUGAUAGUUUUUACGAAUACCUUAUCAAGUCAUUCCUGAUGUCGGACAAGACGGACGAAGGCGCCAAGAAGAUGUACUACAACGCCCUAGACGCGAUCGAGGCAAACCUGGUCCAGAAGUCCCCCGGUGGUCUCACCUACAUGGCGGAGUGGAGAGGAGGGAUUCUGGAUCACAAGAUGGGUCACUUGGCGUGUUUCUCUGGCGGUAUGAUCGGGAUCGGUGCUGAUGAUGGCGCUCCAGACAAGAGGCAGCACUACCUGAACCUGGCUGCUGAGAUCACACACACCUGUCACGAGAGCUACACAAGAUCAGCCACCAAAUUGGGGCCGGAGGCGUUCCGAUUCGACAGCGGAGCAGAGGCCACGGCGACAAGGCUGAGCGACAGAUACUACAUCCUUCGACCGGAAGUCAUUGAGAGCUACAUGUACAUGUGGAGGCUGACACAUGACCCCAAGUAUCAGGACUGGGGAUGGGAGGCUGUUGAGGCGCUGGAGCAACACUGCCGAGUGGAGUCCGGCUUCUCUGGGAUCCGAGACGUUUACACCACCACAGUCAGCCAUGACAACAUGCAGCAGAGCUUCUUCCUCUCAGAGACACUCAAGUAUCUGUACUUGCUCUUCUCUGAUGACGACCUGCUGCCCCUGGAGGACUGGGUCUUCAACACAGAAGCCCACCCGCUGCCAGUCAUACGCAGGAGCUGCCUGCAGGGCGAGCCGGCGCAGGUCAAGACCGAAUAAAGGCCGGACUGAGCACCACACCCCAACCUCUGAGGCCAUUACCGACAGAUGGGCACGCUCCGAGUGCAAACCCUGUCGCCCUAAUAUUGCAAAUACUCGUGUCAAUGCAGGUUCUGUUCAGGAGUUCGGACGCUCGGUUCCUUUCCAGCAAAGGAGGUUGUGAUUUUACGCUGUGAUUGUAUAUCUUUUCUGCCUGACGGCGCUUAUUCUUUGUGGACAAUCAAGACAAACGUGACUUUCAUGAAAAGAGCACCUUUUUUCUUUCCUUCUUUCCUCUGUGAGGAAACCAUAUCUAUAACUUACAGACCCAAAUGUAUGGGAGGAGGUUUGACCCGUAAGAAAACCUGGCUCAUGUAUUCAUCUUUCAUUCAAGUUACAAUGGAGAAUUGGACGGUUUUCAACUACAUUUUUGGGGAUUGUCAAACUAGUUGGGGAACGAAGCCCUGAAUCGAAGAACACAAAACAUACUGAAAUUGUCCGAUAAUAAUUCUAUUAUAAUUCAUAAUUCUGUAAAGUGUCAGAUAAGGGUGUGAAUAUGACUUUGAAAACAAACUAAUAAUUCUAAAUGUAACUGAAUGAAGGACUUAUACAUGGACCAAAACCACUUUGCUCUUGGAUUCUGUUGUUCCGUUUCUCUCUCGUGCGAAUGAUUUCCUCGUCUUUUCCUUUGUGACUUCUCUCUUUGACCAAAGGUUUCUUUGCAUUUCUAUCUCCUUCUUUAAUAGUAACGUGUUUCUUUUGGCAGUAACUAGUGGAUUUUAUGAUGCAGACUAAACAGUUAAUUACUUAUUAUUGUAUAGACAAAAAUGAAAUGUCCUUCUUUAAAUGAUGCACCUCCAAAACUGAUGUUGAUGUCAUGUUUCUCGCUGAAACAAGCUUGAAUAAUGUUCUCUUUUUUUGAGUCAAGUUGUCAAAGGUGGCAGUGUCUUAUGCAUCCAGGGGACCAUUUUUUAAGGGUUGUUUCCACUGUAUACAUUGUUAUCAAGGACCCAUGUCCUUCCAGCCUUUUGAUUCUAAUGAACAAAUGUUUCAAAAUGCCGUCUUUCUUUCUGGAUCAACCUGCCUUUUACUUGUGAAUCCAUACAGCUGCCAAUACCGUUGUUGAAGCCUGAGAGCCUCAGACAAGUUUCCGGUUCGAUCACUGCUCUUUUCAUCGCUGCUGUCCCGCACACUUGUCGAGCGAAUGUGCUGUACAUACAGAUGAACCGAGUCACCCUGGUAUCAGCUUGUCGUUCACUUUAUGUUGUACUUUUCUUAACUUUUUCUUUUAUGGAUUUCAGUUGCUUCCCUCAGGUGUUUCAGUAAGAUAAAAAAAAAAAAACUGAAUGGAAAAAAUAUAUAUAAAAAAUACAUAAAUCCAAUUUAAAUCUAAUUUUUGCUGAUAUGAAUUAUUGUUAUUACUUAUUCUUACUGUUUGAUUUAAUUUUCAUUGUUGAGUAUUUUCAAAUACUGAUAUAAAAAAGACCUGUGCAACUUUGUACAUUUAAAACAAA